AUGAUGCAAACCGUCGAUCUAUCGCAGCCAAAGCCCAUACAAUAUGCAUCACCACCUACACCACCGGCUUCCAAUACAGGCUCGCCAUCCAAGUCCAUGGCUGUUAUGAACGAGACCGAGACCGCCAAGAUGACCAUUUCAACCCACCACCACAUCCUCAUCGUCACCGGUCCAGCAGGGUGCGGCAAGAGUACGGUUGCAAAGCACCUCUCAGACCGAUAUGGAUUUGACUACAUCGAGGGCGACGAGUUCCACCCAAAAGCAAACAUCGACAAGAUGGCCGCCGGCAUCCCUCUCAACGACGAAGACCGCUGGGACUGGCUCAUCCUUCUACGAGACCAGGCCAUCACUGCACUGAAGAACGGAGCCAAGGGCGUCGUUGUUACCUGCAGUGCGCUCAAGAAGAAGUACCGCGACGUCAUCCGCACAGCCCGCCUCUACGACGAGGACCCAAACGCCAACGUACACUUCGUCUACCUCCGCUCCGACAUGGAGACCCUCCUCGCCCGCGUUCGCGCCAGACAAGGCCACUACAUGAAGGACGCCAUGGUCGAGAGCCAGUUCGCUGCGCUGGAAGAGCCCGACGAGACAGAGUGCAAGCAACUGAAGGAUGUGGAGAUCAUCGACGUCAAGGGCAGCAUACAAGACGUUCAGCUACUAGCCGGUGCUGCUGUUGACAAGGUUCUUGCGCAAUAG